UAUUCAUUGUCAGUUUUUCAAAACGUUGUUAAUAAAAAAUGUCAGGGCGUUGAAUUAUGCAUGGAUCUAGUAAAAUAUCUGCGCGGAGGUUGUAUUUGAAGGCUUUGAAGCGUAUCGAAUGUCUGGUUUAAAUCAAAUUACAUUGUAAGUGUGUUAUACUUGUCGACUGAUGUACAAGCCAUCGAACGUCUUGUUUCAUUCAAAAUGUUUGCGUUGCGCACAAACUCGAAGUCGUUUAUUGUGGGAUUCUGUACUUGUGCAUUUCUCUUUUUCUUCGUGAUGAUGGUUUUAAGGAUUCAACCGGGCAGUGUGUAUAGCUCAACAAACCCACUACGGAAUUCGAACCCAAUCGCCUGUAAGGCAGAUGAUAAUGAAUCUUCAAACAAAACAGCAAAUUCCGCGGGGACAGCCAGCGAUCACGCAGGGAAAUUCAGCGAUCGCAUUCAGAAGGUAAUGAUUCAUGGAAACGGCAGUUAUAAUUUGCGCCCAGACCUUCGUAACAAGGAUUCUUUUUCGCAGUAUGGGCAAGAUAAGUACAUUAGCAACCUCACUGAGGGGAAAAGAAACGGGUUUUUUAUUGAAAUCGGAGCGCAUGACGGACAGUCACUCUCGAACACAUUACUACUCGAAAUGAAGAAUAACUGGACGGGACUUUUAAUUGAAGCCAAUCCCAACAUGUUUCCUCUCAUAGCUUCUGUAAACAGAAAUUGUUAUGCUAUUAACUGUUGCCUAGGAUAUACAAAUACGUCCUUGACAUUUACGCUUUACGGGUUUCUUACCAGUGCAGAUGUUGUCAUAACUGCACAGCACAGGAAAAGAAUGGGAGGCGCAAAUGAAAAAGUAACAGUUGAAUGUUACAGCCUCUUGGAUGUUCUGAACGUGAUUGGAACUAAAAAGGUGGAUUAUUUCUCAUUGGAUGUUGAAGGCGCGGAAUUGUACAUCCUGGAGGCCAUAGACUGGAAUCAAAUUGACAUCGAUGUCUUCACCAUAGAAACGGAUCAACACAGAGACAAAAUAAUGUCGUUCAUGAAAGAUCAUGGAUAUAAAUGGCUUAAACAAUUGCAAGGAGAUGACAUUUUUAGAAAACGACGCGACUAACAAACAUGACAUUUAAGCAAAAAAUGAGUAUAAUUACGGUGACAGAAGGUGUUAUUCACAUACUCGAGAGGCUUUGGUGAUAUUUUGAUCACCUUGUGAACAUAAUGAUAUGUAGGCAGUUUAGCAGAUAAAACAUGUUGAACCUUCUUUAUAUUAGAGUGCGAAUACUCUACUUGUAUUAUGCUCGCCAUAAUAACGUACAUUUUGCAUGUUUGAGUCUAAACAAUAAAAAAACAUUACCGAUUAUACGUUUUUAUGUAAUCUGUUUAAUAUAA